AUGGAUAAUCUUAAGACAGGCAUAGAAGAACUCAUUUGUGGUAAGUCAAGGAAUGCUAGAAAAUUAAAAUUCAAUGAUUGGGACAUGGAAAUGGAAAGGAAUUGGUCUUUCAAAAAUGCUUUAUUCCACCAUCCCAAGAAAAGAAUCAACAGGAAAGAGGUCAGAUGGGAAAAGCCGCAUAGCAAUUGGGUAAAACUUAACUUUGAUGGGGCCUGCAGAGGUAACCCAAGACAGGCCUGUUUUGGAGUAGUUAUUCGAAAUGAGGAAGGGAAUCUGGUGAGUGGUACGUAUGGCCAUAUUGGUUACGCUACCAACAAUGAAGCAGAAAUAAGGGCCCUUGAGGCUGGGCUUGUCCUAUGCAAAGAGAGAGGAUUAACUAAUGUACAAAUUGAAGGAGAUUCUCAGAUAAUUAUAAAUGGGGUAACUACCGAUAGGUUAUUUAAUUGGAAACUAGCUAAAUGGAUACCUCGCAUUUGGUUCUUACUGCAAGCAAUUAAGCCAUAUGAAAUAUCACAUAUUCACAGGGAGGGAAAUCGAGUAGCAAAUCUUGGAGUCAAUUCACAUGCUGCAGAAGUGUCAGUUGAUCCCGAGGCACUAAACUCAGAGAUUACAGACUUGUGCAAAGAAGACCUAUCGAUAAAGAAAUGCAACGGUGUGGGAUGA